AUGCAGCCCAACUGGCUACCAUACAAAGCGAAUGCCAUUGAAAUUGCCUGGAACCCCUCCUCCGACCAAGCGCUCAAGGCACAGGCAUUUGAAUACCUCAACCAGCUCCGAACAAGCCCCUCAGGAUGGCACGUGUGCCUUUCCAUCUUCACCAAAUUACCCCGUCACUCGGAGGUUGUCCGCCAUUCUUCCCUGGAAAUCGUCAGCAGUGCUACACAGACCGGCCUAGUGGACAUGCAGGGGCUUGGAUAUAUCAAGGACACCAUGAUGGAUUACCUCCGCCGGAUGUAUGGCCUCGAUCCAGCCGCUCAGAUGGACCCUGCUAGUAUCCAAAAUAAGGUGGCCCAAACGUUGACGUAUCUUUUUUCCGCCCUCUAUGUCAACGGAUGGGAAACCUUUUUUGACGAUCUUAUUCGUUUAACGUACAAAAGCCCCCAGAGCUCGUCCAAGGAUAAUUCCCCGGGGAUCGUAUUCUACCUCCGAGUCAUCAACUCAAUCCAUGCCGAGAUCGGAGAUGUGCUGGUUUCGAGAUCACGCGUCGAACAGGACAAAGCAAAUCUGCUGAAGGACCUUAUACGCCAGAGGGACGUGCAGAAAAUUGUUAGCUCCUGGCAGGAGAUUCUAUCUCAGUGGCAGAAUGGGAGUGACCAGAUAGCGGAGAUAUGUCUGAGAGCCAUUGGCAGUUGGGUUAGCUGGAUCGAUAUCUCGCUAAUCGUCAAUCAGUCUAUGCUUGACCUGCUCUUCCAACAGCUUGUCAGAGCAAAGGAUGUUAAUCUCCCUGAGGGUGGAGAGAAAGUCCGGGAUGCAGCAAUCGAUGUAUUUACGGAGAUCGUGGGAAAGAAGAUGAAGCCGUCGGAUAAGAUCGAUAUGAUCGUGUUCCUCAGUUUAGAGAAUAUCGUGGCUCAACUUACCGCGAGCCCUCCGCUGCACGAUCACCGCUUUACCUCCAAAUACGACACCGAUCUAGCAGAAACGGUGGCUAAGCUAGUUAAUAUGACAACGAUUGACAUAGUCCGGGUUUUGGAUAAUGACACUGUCGACUCCUCCACUAAGGAAAAGGCCGAGACUCUUCUACAAGGAUUUCUUCCACAUAUCCUCCGAUAUUUCGCAGACGAGUAUGAUGAGAUAUGCUCCACUGUUAUCCCCUCUAUGAACGACCUCCUCUCCUACUUCCGAAAAAGCACGAAAAAGAAUCCCGCGCUUGUCCCUCAGCAAACCACUAUGCUAAUGCCAAUCCUAAAGGCUAUCAUUACUAAAAUGAGAUAUGAUGAAACCUCGACAUGGGGUGAUGAGGAUGAGCAAACGGACGAAGCUGAGUUCCAGGAACUCCGAAAACGGCUAAACGUACUUCAGCAAAUCAUUGCGUCUACAAACGAACAGCUUUACAUGGAUGUUGUGAGUGGAGUGGUCGGGACCACUUUUGACGGUAUGAGGCAGCCUGGCACGCAGGUUGAUUGGAGGGAUCUAGAUCUUGCCUUGCAUGAGAUGUUCCUUUUUGGGGACCUAGCUGUGAAAUCGGGAGGCUUGUACGUCAAAAAUAAAUUGAAUAAUCCCGCAGCGGAAAGGCUGGUGGAAAUGAUGCGAAGUAUGGUUGAAACUGAUAUUAGGUCGUUUACCCAUCCGGUAACCCAACUCCAAUUCAUGGAAAUCUGUGUGCGCUAUAGCUCCUUUUUCGAUCACCAUGUCCAUCUUAUUCCAGGUGUCCUAGAAAGUUUCCUACAAUUAGUUCAUCACCCAGUCAAGAAGGUCAGCACGAGAUCGUGGUACCUUUUCCAUCGGCUCGUUAAGCAUCUACGAAACCGCAUUGGGAAUGUUGCGGAAACCGUCAUCAAAGCUCUCAGUGAUCUUCUUGUCAUCCGGGCAGAAGUACCUCAAGAAGGGUCUGAUGGUGAUGACAUGUCAUCAGAAGAUCACGAAGGGUCUGCCGAUGCUGUCUUCAACAGCCAGCUAUAUCUUUUUGAAGCUAUUGGCCUUAUUUGCUCUACCACUUCAGUCCCUGUUGACCAACAAGUCGUCUACGCCCAGUCUGUCAUGAAUCCGAUCUUUAUGGAUAUGGAAAGACACCUGGGAACUGCAAAGGAAAACGACGAGCGAUCUAUCUUACAAAUUCACCAUGAUAUAAUGGCGCUGGGAACGCUCGCUCGGGGAUUCUCGGACUGGACCCCAGGUACCACGACACCUACGUCACCCGCGGCACCAGAAAUAUCUGAUUCCUUUAGCCAAGUAUCCGAGGCGACCUUGGUGGCUCUUGAGUCUCUGAAAUCGUCGUUUAAUAUUAGGACUGCAGCGAGAUUUGCGUUCUCCAGACUUGUUGGCGUCCCGCGGUUCCCAGGAUUUACAUCAACUGCCACGGUGGAUUGA